CUCCUAAUUAAGCCACGCCCACGUUUCCGGUAUAGCAGGGGAAUCCCCAAGUGAAGCGUGGUUGUGUUAGCUACUAGCGGCAAAAAGCUGUUUGGUCGGCUGGUCAAGCUUGUUUACUAAUUUAUCUGUUUGAGCCACGCGCGACUGACAGUGUUCAACUACGUAAAGAGUAUAUUUCUAUACUCUUUACUCAGCUCGGGAUUGUUGUUCUUCACCGAUUACAACUUCGAAAGGUUGACGGAUAUUAUGGAUGAACCGGUGGGGAAUGAAUCUAUCACCUUUAGCCAGGAGUCUUUCCAGGACCUAUGGAACUUAAUGGCUGGCCAACCAGCAGAGACAGAGAAUUGUUUAAUGGGGGCCCCCUUGUUUGAUGAGGAGGAUCUGUUCGAGGAGCCCACCAUGCCGGCCCCCCAGGCCCCCUGCCACUCCUCGGACAGUGGCUCCAGCCUCACCUCCACGGUCCCUUCCACCACAGAUUAUCCCGGCUCCCUCAACUUCAGUCUGAAAUUCCAGCAGUCGAGCACAGCAAAGUCAGUGACCUGCACAUAUUCACCAGAACUGAACAAACUGUUCUGCCAGCUGGCUAAAACGUGCCCAGUCCAGAUGGUGCUGGAGCAGGCUCCUCCCCCGGGCGCCUUGCUGCGCGCUGUCGCCGUGUAUAAGAAGUCCAAAGAUGUGGCGGACGUGGUGCGCCGCUGCCCCCACCACGAGAGGACUACCGAAAAUAACGAAGGUCCUGCUCCAGCGGGCCACCUUGUCCGUGUGGAAGGGAACAACCAAGCUCGCUACCUGUCAGACAACAACACAGGCAGGCACAGCGUCCUGGUUCCCUACGAGCCUCCACAGGUGGGGUCAGACGUCACCACGGUGCUCUUUAAUUACAUGUGUAACAGCAGCUGCAUGGGGGGAAUGAACCGCCGGCCCAUCCUUACCAUCAUCACCUUGGAGACGCAGGAGGGGCAGCUCCUGGGCCGGCGGUCCUUCGAAGUGCGGGUGUGUGCCUGUCCCGGGCGGGACCGCAAGAACGAGGAGAAGAACAUGCGCAAGAACGAAGAGGAGAACAUGCGCAAGAACGAAGAGGAGAACAUGCGCAAGAACGAGGAGAAGAACAAGCCUGCUCCUGGAACUAAACGCACUGUGAAGGAGGCCGGUCUUCCUGUUCAGCGGCCUGAAGACAAUAAGAAGUCUUGCCCUGGAGGGGAGGAAGAGAUCUUCACUCUUCAGGUUCGGGGAAAGGAGAGGUUUGAGAUCUUGAAGAAAAUCAACGACGGUCUGGAGCUCAGCGACCUGGUGCCGGCUGCCGACGCCGAAAGAUACCGACAGAAACCAACUGCCAAAAGCACCAAAAAGGAAAAAGAUGGACCUGGAGUUCCUAAGAAAGGAAAGAGACUUCUUGUAAAGGAAGAGAAGAGCGAUUCAGACUGAGAAGUGGAUUUUUCAAGGAACACCUUCUCUUCCCACCAGUGCUGCUUUCAUUUAAAGGACGUUUAAUAACAGCAAUUGGAUGCUUUAAAAUGUGCCAUUUCAGUAACGCUCUUUUCCCAAAGUUCUAGGAUCUAUGUACUUCCUCCUGUCUACUAACAUAAUAUUUUAAACGUGCGCCCUUUAAAAAAAAUUAUGUUAAACAAAUCUUGAUUUCCAAAUGAGGGGAGGGGGGAAACAUGUUGUGUUAGAUCAGGGAAAGAUCAUUUUGAGAUGUGUUGAUGGCAUUUGACAAUAAUUACUUGAAUUAUGAUUGGGCAUGAGGACUAUCUACCUACCCUAUCUUUUGUCUUGCCAGAAAAUUUUUCAUUUUCUUACAGUACUUUUGUUAAUUUUUUAAUACAUUUUUAUAUCUUUAGAUGAUUUAUAGGCUUUUAUUUUUUAAGUCAGAUUUGUUAAAUUUCCUUUUAUCAUAGUGGCACGUACAAAAUGUAUUUUGUCAUUAUUUUUAUGAAAUAAAACAGUGGACUGCCAUUGAAAAAUAAA